ACGCGGACGAACACAACGCGAAUAGCGCAAUUUUGAAUAUCGGCCGACCUGCGUGUCCGCAGUGCCAUGUCCACGGGACAACCAAGCGCUGCGCUAACAAUCGUCCCCUCAUCCUACACGUGCCUAGCUGGUGGCAUCCACAUAGGUGGCCAUGGUUCGCCGGGCCUCGAGUGUUCCGCAUCUGAACAGUAGUGGCGGUAGCAGUGCGGAUAGCGCCGGAACGUCGGGCAGCGGACGUGGUAGGGCGCCCGUAGCCGGUUCCCGGGGCCGAAAGACGCCCUCGACCACGUCCACCGGCCAGAAUCAGCGCCAGAGCUCCGGGAGCAGCAGCAGCGUGCCCCGAUCCCGCAGCCUGACCAACGGCAUGCGUCGUCUGAGUCCGCAGAAGGGAACUGGGAGCAGUGGAGGAGGAGGAGGAGGAGGAGGUAGCUCCCGCAAUACGCCGUAUUUCCUGCGUUCACGCGAGAAUGAGAUUGGUAGUGCUGACACCCUAGAAAUCGUUGCCUCCAAGUCCACGGGCAGCGAGGAGUGCUCCACGCCCGAGGAUAAUAUUAACGUGGUGGUGCGAGUGCGUCCGCUUAACGACAAGGAGAAACGCGAUCGUCACGGAUCCACUCUUCAGUUUCCCGGGAACGGGCAGGUUAUACUGGAGGGCAACGAUGUGGGCCAGAAGAGGUCCCACAAUCGCGACAGCGUUCGCGUCUUCACCUACAACGUGGUCUUCGAACCAGGAGCCACUCAGGAGGACAUACUGGACUACUCAGGCAUCAAGCGCAUCAUCGAAAUGGGCAUCGAGGGAUUCAGUUGCACGGCGUUUUGUUAUGGCCAAACGGGAUCCGGCAAAACGCACACGCUUACUGGACCGCCGGAUUUGUUCGUUGGCAAGCCGAAUCCCAAGGAUCCGCGCCAUGGCCUAAUCUUCCGCUCGUUUCUGUAUCUCUUCCAAUUGAUUAAGAAUCGCAAGGACGUCAACUACGUCCUGAAAGCCUCCUUCAUGGAAAUCUACAAUGAGCGGGUAAUCGAUUUGCUCAAUCCGGGAAGUGCCCGAAAACCGCUGGCGGUGCGCUGGUCCAAGAAAUCGGGCGGUUUCUUUGUGGAGAACCUUUUCACGGUGGACUGCGAGGAAUUGGAUGACCUUCUGGCUGUUUUAGAAGAGGGUAUGAGAAAUCGUGCCGUUGGCUCUCAUGCCAUGAACGAUCACUCCUCGCGAUCCCACACCAUAUUAACGGUCCACAUCCUGUCCGAUCAGCAGACGGAUGGAGGUGUGUUCCUCUCCAAGCACGGAAAAAUCAACUUCGUGGACCUGGCUGGCAGUGAGCUGACCAAGAAGACGAUGAGCGAAGGAAAAACGCUGGAGGAGGCAAACAACAUCAACAAGAGCCUAAUGGUACUGGGCUAUUGCAUCUCCUCACUUAGCGACUCCAAGAAGAGAUCGGGUCACAUUCCGUACCGGGACAGUCAGCUCACCAAACUCCUGGCCGACAGUCUGGCAGGGAACGGGGUAACACUGAUGAUAGCCUGCGUCUCUCCUGCGCACUACAACCAUGCGGAAACCCUGAACACCCUGCGAUAUGCCUCGCGGGCCAAGAGGAUACGUACCAAGCCCGUGAUCAAAAUGGAUCCCAGGGAGGCACUGAUCCUCAGUCUGAAGCGUGACAUCCAUGCGCUCCAGAUGGAGAACGACCACCUGAAGGCGGCCUUGAAUCUCCACCAUCAAGCGGCGCCGAAUGGUGGAGCAGCUGAUAAUCUCCUCGAGCUUCAGCUGGAUCGGGUGAGCAGUGGUGGUGGAGCGCCAGUGCCCAAGGUUGAUCUGCAGCGUUUGCCAGAGCUAGAUGGCUCCGAAUUGGCUGAGCUCGUUAAGCUCUACAUGGUGGAAAACGAGUCCCUGCGGCAGGAGAACAAUCACCUGUUCACCGUGCGGGAGACCAUCCUCAGGGAUCAGGAGAUCGUGUGCCGGGAGAACGAGCGUCUGCUGAAGAAACUGGAGGAUGUGAACAAAGUCUGUGUACGUUCACCUUUGAUACCAGCGCGACCGGCUAUAUCUCCAACUACUGGAAAGGAAACACCUGGCACCGAGAUCUGGACCAAUCCAGAGCCACUUCAAUCUCCUCCAGGAGCGGAUCUGCCAAUCGAACAGCGAAUGUCGGAAAAUGCUAAUAGAAGGACAGAUACAGCUCAGAAACGAAUUGACCAGCAACGCAUAGCCAAGAACAUCUUGAUUAUGGCCAAUGCUUUCCGGAAACCGGACUCAGAGUUGGCUAAGGAGUUGAACAUUAAUUCGGAUAAGUCAGCAAAGCAAUCUACUGACUUUAUGCCUGAGUAA